AGCAGCAUUUUACGCGCCGGUAUAAUGGGCAUUAACUCUGGUUAGUACGCUUCACUUUUACAUUUUAGGAUCAACAAGUAUUAUAUCGAUCACUUGAUAAAAUGUGGACAGUUCCGAAGCCAAACUACAGAGCUGGUUUGUGCGCCGAGGGGGAGAUUGCUGUGAACAUCGGCGGAGUCAGAGUGGUGCUUUUCGGGGAUGUACUGAACCGUUACCCGGAGAGCAGACUGGCGGAGUUAGUGAACUGCUCGAUUCAGAAUUCCGAAGUUAUCUCGUCGCUUUGUGAUGACUUCGAUCCGGGUAGAAAGGAGUUUUACUUUGACCGAGAUCCCGACGCGUUCAAGUGCAUCAUCGACGUUUAUUAUUUUGAUGAAAUCCACAUCAAGCGCGGCAUUUGCCCCAUCUGCUUCAUCAAAGAGAUGGAGUUUUGGAAAAUAGACCAAAACGUUUUAGAUGAAUGCUGUAAAAGUUACUUAAGCGAGAAGGAGGAAGAGCUGAAAGAGAUUGCAAACAAAGUCAAAGUAAUUUUGGAGGACAUGGAGGUGGAUCAGUGCAUCACGCGCACCCAGCGUUGUCAGAGGUUUCUUUGGAGACUAAUGGAGAAGCCCGGUUCCUCCCUACCGGCGCGCAUCAUCGCCAUCGCAUCCUUCCUCUUCAUUCUGGUCUCGGCAGUGGUGAUGUGUGUGGGGACCAUCCCGGAGCUCCAGGUGAUGGACGCCGAGGGGAAACUGGUGGAGCAUCCGACCCUGGAGGCGAUCGAGACCGUGUGCAUGUUGUGGUUCACCAUGGAAUUCUUCUUGCGCCUCGCCUCGUCUCCGAACAAGCUGCGCUUUGCGCUCUCCAUCAUGAACAUCAUAGACUUUAUGGCCAUCACGCCUUUCUACGUGGUCCUGGCCCUGACCUACCUCGGCACCACAUCCAUGAUAGAACUGGCAAACGUCCAGCAGGCUGUCCAGGCGCUCCGCAUCACACGAAUCGCGCGCAUUUUCAAGCUGGCGCGCCACUCCUCCGGACUGCAAACUCUGACUUACGCGCUGAAAAACAGCCUUAAAGAGCUCGGGCUGCUCCUUAUGUACAUGGGCGUGGGUAUCUUCGUGUUCUCAGCGCUGGCUUACACCAUGGAGCAAAGUCACCCGGAGACCUUGUUCCGGAGCAUCCCGCAGUCUUUCUGGUGGGCCAUCAUCACAAUGACCACUGUGGGUUAUGGCGAUAUCUACCCCAAAACCACCCUGGGCAAAUGUAAUGCAGCCGUGAGCUUUCUCUGCGGGGUGAUAGCCAUCGCUUUGCCCAUCCACCCUAUCAUUAACAACUUUGUAAUCUUCUACAAUAAGCAGAAAGUUCUGGAGACUGCAGCGAAGCAUGAAGUGGAGCUGAUGGAGCUGAAGUCUGGCAGGGAGGAGCGCAGAAGAAAUAGCCAUUAGAAGGAGAAACUUAGAGCAGAUUAAGACUAAAACGAGUCAAAGGGAACUGAAUAACUGAGUUACACCAAACAAAACGGCUAAAGAGAACAUUUCCUUAAAUUCGUUAUUUACUGUAAAUACAUUCAAGGCCUCCAGAUAACACUUUUUCAUGAUCUCGACGCCUCUGCACAGUAACGUAGUUGUUAUUUUUCGUCUUCUGUCGCUUUGUUUGGACCACUUGCAAUGUGUUGCUUUUGCUUUUGGGCCGUUUAUUCUCUCCUCUUGACAUU